AUGACAGAUGCAGAUCCAAGUCAGGCGAUCUAUGGGCCUUUACCUCUCUCUCCAGUCCCUCUGUCCAACGCCACCUCCUUCCUCCGCUUUAUCACUAUUGAUCCUACAGCUGAUGAUAGAGAACCUAUCUCAUUGCAGCUUACGACAGUUCCUUUACACGAUGAUCUUCAAUACGCCGCAUUAUCAUAUGUCUGGGGAGAUCCCACCCAGACGACUCGAAUCCUAGCCAAUGGACACCCUCUCCAUGUGACAGACAACCUAGCAGAUGCAUUACAUCAGUUCCGCGCCAUAGGCAUGAGUCGUUACGCCCCCGGCCACGGCGACGGCCUUGCCUUGUGGGUCGAUGCAAUAUGCAUCAAUCAGUCCGACUUGGAGGAGCGAAGCGCCGAAGUGCACAAGAUAGGCGACAUAUAUGCCAGAGCCAGUGGCGUUAUAUCCUGGUUGGGCAAGCCAGACUCCCGCCAGCUUCAUGUUGCACUUGGAGGGGUUUGCCAAGUUGCGAAGGCCUUGGCAGAUUCGCAGGAGAAUGAAGUCCUUGGGAAGGGCCUCGCGUUCCUGAAACAACAAUAUGGCCACAGCCAGAAUCCCGAAGUCGACAACUUGUGGGAGGCCAUAUCCUCUUUCAGCAAGGACAAGUACUGGACAAGGGUAUGGAUCGUGCAAGAAGUCGUCAAAGCGAGAUCUAGCACUUUCGCUUGUGGAUCCGUAACGGCUCGCUUCGAAGACAUACUCGUUGUAGACUCUCUCCUAAGAGCUCUCGUCUACGGUCCAACCGAGCUUUACAGAAACCUGCCUGUCUCAUUUGCCAAUCAACUCACCCGAAACACGCCGCCUUUCCGCACAGCUUUCGUGAUCAACACGAUCCCUAUCAUCAGUAGCCUGCACAAGGCUCUAGCUCAUUCGGGAGAUGUUCCUAUGCGAGAAGGUUGUGAACUUCCUACGUGGAUGCCUGACCUCGGAGGUCUCUCACAAUAUUACUACUUCUUCCGCCAUGAGCCAUUCUCCCCCUAUCAUUGGUAUAGAGAUCUUGAUAUGACUGACCACUCGCAAGUAGAGGUAGUACUUUCCGGAGUCUUAUGGUUCUCGGGGCUUGUAAUGGACGAGGUCCAGGAUCUGCUUGAAGCCGACACUGACUCAUUCAAUCUAGAGAAUGUGGAAGCUCUUGCAGUAGAAUUUCUCGCUAUUGCAAGGCGGAGGCAGCUAUUCUCACAAGGAAACACUCUGCAUCAACUCUUCCAUGUACUGUUCAAGACUCAAUUUCCGCCUCGGGAUGGCGAGGAGGCUAUCACUCUUCACCCGUCGACACCUCAAGCGCGUGGUUUUCAUACCAUGUUGGAGGAUAUUUCCGUGGCUCAAGACACUGCCCUGGUUGCGGCAUCGGAGAACUCGGAGAUGGCAACUACCCAAUGUCUUCAAAGCGAGCUUUUAUGUACUUUCUAUUGCGGAAUGUCCCCCGAGGAGAAAGGUCAAUGGGCGGAGAGGCAGACGACAGAUGCUCAUGCGGUCUCUGCUGUGACUAGUCGGGCAUUGGGCUCUUGUCGGUAUAAUCGCUUCUUUUGCACUAAAGAAGGUCUGUUUGGCCGCGGUCCGCCUGGAACACGGUCAGGAGAUCGAAUUUGUGUGUACCGUGGCGAUCUACCACCGGUUAUUCUGAGGAAAACUGACGAUCACUGGGUUAAUAUCGGCGAGGCAUACGUGUAUUGGGCUUCUGCAAACGCUUCAGAGAAUGCCUUGAGAAGUAUGGCUGGAUCUCUGGAAAGAUUUCAAGUACACUGA